CGUCUAAAGUUCCUCCGCUAACAUGUUUCUUCUCGGGAGAAGUCUCGUUUUAAGUCGUCGCGCCGUUAUUUCGCGCUUUUAUGGCGUUUAUCAUGCGGAGUUUUUGGCUCGCAGGUCUGCGCCUGAGCCCCUCCUCACACCGGGACCGAAUCCGAGCGGAACCAGCUCCAGAAUGUGUUCGGGGAAAGUCUACAACGUUCCUCCCAGCGCGGAGUUUGUGGCCCGUGUAACAGGCAUCAACACUAUGGCUAAACUCCCGCACCAGGACACGGCAGACGGGCUCGAUGCAGCCUUCAUCGGCGUCCCGGUAGAUUUCGGGACCUCCAACCGCCCCGGAGCAAGGUUUGGUCCUCGGCAGAUCAGACAAGAAUCUGCUAUGCUGAGGGCUUACAACAGCGGCACCAAGGCAGCGCCGUACGAGUCUGUGAUGGUGGCUGACAUUGGGGACGUCAAUGUGAACAUGUAUGAUCUGAAGGACACCUGCAAACGCAUCAGAGAGGCCUACAGAAAUAUUGUGGCUACCGGUUGCAUCCCUCUAACUAUGGGUGGCGACCACACAAUUGCGUAUCCAAUUCUUCAAGCUGUGGCUGAAAAGCAUGGUCCAGUGGGUCUGGUCCAUGUGGAUGCUCAUGCUGACACCAGCGAUGUAGUCCUGGGAGAGAAGAUUACUCACGGGACUCCAUUCAGACGUUGUGUGGAGGAAGGCUUGCUGGACUGCAAGAGAGUGGUCCAGAUUGGUCUUCGUGGUACCGGAUACUCUGCAGAUUCGUUUGAGUGGAACCGGGCUCAGGGUUUCCACGUGGUCCCAGCAGAGGAGUGUUGGUUCAAAUCUCUUGCACCUCUGAUGGCUGAGGUCAGGGUUCAGAUGGGCAGGGGUCCAGUCUAUCUCAGUUUUGACAUUGACGCUCUGGACCCGGGUUUUGCUCCUGGAACAGGAACACCAGAGAUCGCAGGGCUUACUCCCAUUCAGGGCAUUGAGAUCAUCAGAGGCUGCCGUGGUCUGGAUCUCGUUGGAUGUGAUCUAGUCGAAGUUUCUCCCCCCUUUGACACCACAGGGAACACUGCCCUGACAGGUGCCAACCUCCUUUUUGAAAUGCUGUGUGUGCUCCCAAAAGUUAAAUACUAUUAAAUCAGACAGCAUAAAAGUUACCAUAAUUUGUCACCACUACAAACACUAACAUUUCUCAAAACCAAUUCAUUAUGUUUUGAUUGUGCCAAAUAAUGUGUGUUUGGAGCGGGGGGGGGGGGGGGGGACACAAAAAAAACAAAGUUUUCAUUAUUAAACAUUUUAUUCCAACCAUCAAUAAAUUAAUUGCACUAAUCAAGAUCAACAUCAUCUGACAUUGGAUAAUUUUUAAACCAUAACUACAUG